GAUGAGCAAUUUGUAAAAUUUAAAAGAAUAAUCUAGCCAAAGUAAAAAUACAUAUGAGAUAUUGACACGAGACAAUAUGAUUAUACACUCUUAUUUAAAUAGAGUUUGACAACAAUCAGAUUC